AUGUUCCGAGCCGUAUCCCGCCUGUGGGCCGCCGGGGCGAAGAGUCUGAGCGCACCACGACAGUGUCAUCUCGCUCCUGUAGCCAUCAGGUGUUACUCCCAUGGAAAGGUUGAGAGCGAUGAAGAGUUUGAUGCACGCUGGGUAACGUACUUCAGUAAACCAGACAUUGAUGCUUGGGAGCUAAAGAAAGGAAUGAACACACUGAUUGGAUAUGACCUGGUGCCUGAGGCCAAGAUCCUUGACUCUGCGCUGAGAGCUUGUCGACGACUCAAUGACAUGGCCAGUGCUAUUCGAAUUUUAGAGGCCAUUAAGGACAAAGCAGGACCCCACAAAGAUAUAUAUCCAUACUUGAUCCAGGAAUUGAAACCUACCCUUUCAGAACUUGGCAUUUCAACACCAGAGGAACUUGGAAUGGAUAAGCUUUAA